AUGAAACCUUUGUGUGUUUGCUUGUCUUUGCUCCUGUGCGUCGGAAGCUCGGACAGAGCAGCAGCUGCAGGCGCGGGACAGGCACUCAACGACUCCUCACUCGUGGGAGAGGGGGUGCUGUCUCCUAGGGGGAAUUUCUCCAGUGGACAAUCGGACAACCGGACCUCGGGUUUAUUCCUCCUGGACUUUGAUGAGGGGCUCCUGGAGGACUGGCGCUCUCUGGCCAGUAAGAAGAGCCGCGGGGGAGAGUCGCAGGAAAGCAGCGUGAAGGUGCUGCUGGUGGCCGCGUACUCUCUCAUCAUCGUGGUGUCUCUGUUCGGGAACACGUUGGUGUGCCAUGUGCUGGUGAAGAACAAGCGCAGCCAGUCCGCCACCAGUCUGUUCAUCAUGAACCUGGCAGUGGCUGACAUCUUCAUCACUGUGCUCAAUACACCCUUCACCCUGGUCAGAUUUGUUAACAGCACCUGGAUUUUUGGGAGGACAAUGUGUCAUAUCAGCCGCUUUGUGCAGUACUGCUCUCUGCACGUCUCCACGCUCACGCUGACUGCCAUUGCACUGGACCGACGACAGGUGAUUUUACAUCCUCUGAGACCUCGCAUGUCUCCUGCCCAAGGUCGUGUUUGGGUUGUCAUCAUUUGGAUUAUGGCCACCUGCUUCUCCCUCCCACAUGCGAUCUACCAAAAACUCCUAACCUUUACGUACAGUAAGGAGCUGGAGCGCAGCCUAUGUGUGCCAGACUUCCCAGAGCCAUCAGAUGUCUACUGGCAGUAUAUCGACCUCCUGACCUUCAUAUUGCUGUACAUGCUGCCACUCUUGAUCAUCACCGCUUCCUACACCACAGUGGCUUGUCGGCUUUGGCGCCACAACGCCAUCGGUGACACGACCACAGCUCAGCACGCCACCCAGAGGAAAAAGCGCCGGCGGACGUUAGCGAUGCUGCUUCUGGUGGUCGGGGUGUUUGCCGUCUGUUGGUUUCCACUCAACUGCUACGUGGUGCUGCUGUCCAGCCAGGCCAUUCACUCGUCCAACGCUCUGUACUUCUGCUUUCACUGGCUGGCCAUGAGCUCCACCUGCUACAACCCUUUCAUCUACUGCUGCCUGAAUCCCACCUUUCGCCAGGAACUCCGGCUCCUCUUUGACAUGUGCAGGAAGAGAAAGAGGACGGUGGAACCGGAGCUUCACCCGGCAGCCAUCUGCACUCCCUGCCAUCAAACCGCCUGGCCCGACAACAACGACUGCUCAAGACCGAGGCAUGACUUGUCACUCCAGGGUCACGCCACUUCACAGCAGAGUCAGGCCAGUUCCAGUCAGACCCACAAUCUUAAAGAGACACAUGUGCUGUUCACGGCCAGGCAGGUUCUGACAGGGAGAAGUGACAUCCUUUCAGUGGAGCCCAUCGUGGCAGUGAGCUGACUGGAAAUACUACAUUUAUCACAUUGUGGUGCAGCUGCCGUCAGUAUUUCUUCAUCUUCAUAAAGAGGAAAUUAAGUGAAAAAGGAGAGUAACAGUAGAAUUAACCUGUAGGAAUCUAACAGCAACGAGAGAUUGCUUUUUGCGACUUUACAUAAGACGGAACUGUGAUAGUUUCACAUUGUAUGGCAACUUUGCUGUGGUUUUAUUGAGACUUUGUCCACUCGAUGGAACAUUUAAACCUCCUUUGUCUUGUUUGGUAUGUUUGUCACAAACUAGGAUCUUAGCUCUUGGAAAAAGAAAAAGGCAUUUUAUGGACUUCACUGCGCUGGCUCGUUUAAACAGCAGCUGACAAAAUGGUCUCACCACGAAGUCCAUUUUGUGAUUAUAAACCUGGAGCUUUGGAUCAAUUCUUGAAAAUGUCUUUUGCAAUCUGUUGCAGCACAGUGAGACUUUCAUACAUGCAUUUUUUAAGAUAUUUCAUCUGUAUAUAAUGGUCUCACACUUUCAAACUCUGGUGGAAGGUUUUUCAAUCUCUGCAGCUUUGACUUGCAUUUCUUCAACACGUCACUGGGAGCCUGUAAUUGUCUUAUGUUGUUGCCAUGGAGACCUUAUAAUAUAUGUAUAAUUGAUGAACAAUACAGUGCU